AUGCGCAAGUCUAUGACUCAUCUAAAAGAUGUUUCUAGGCUUAUUAGUACACCUGAACACAAUAAUGGAACCUGUCGUCGACGAAAUUCACAUCUACAGACACUGUUACAAGCAUUUCAGCCACGACCAAAGGAAUUAUUCACUUUACCUAAAUUUUGUACUUCAUGCAGACGAAGAUCAGCCUUGAUUAGAAUGUAUAGAACCUUAUCCACCCCUAUAGACACCAUUGAACCUCGAAAGCCACUGCAGCCACUCAUGCGAUUUUCUAAAUCGCUAAGUAUAUUUAAUUUGACAGAUCGGAUCACUCUAUCUGAUCUUGAUCUCACUAUUCGUACUCGACAUGCUGAUAAAGCCUGGUCUUUAUUUAUUACCCUAUCUCGGCGAGGAGACAUCAUACCCUUGACAAUGUGCUGCUCACUCUAUGCAUUACUCGCAUUUGCAAAGUCAAUGGUUAGUCGGGGACCCAUCAUAGAUUUACGACAGCGACAAAUGGAUCAAUUGUUAGAUUAUGUACAGAAACAUCAUCAUCACACGCCAGAGCUAUUCUUACCAUCUGUAGAACCCAUACCCAUACCUAUUCGUAAACAGAUUGCAAAGUACAUUCAACUAGAGGAAACCGAGAAAGCCUGGGCUUUGUUCUUUAAAACGGUCCAAGAAGGGAAAGAACGACUAUCGAGAAAUCUGUGUAUAAAACUGAUUAUGCUGAUGCUAAAGGACAAAUCACUGUACAAAAACCAAAGAAAGUUUAGAAUUAAUUUAAUCGCCUCACACGCAUCUUGUAAAAAUGAGCUAGAAGAUCGACACCUAUUACCAUCUGACAUGUUACGGAUAGCCAAUAUUUGUUAUCGAUAUUAUCGAUACAGAUAUUCUGCUGCACAUCGCCUGAUUGACGAAUUUGUGGAGAAUAUUCCAAACAUAAAGCAAAAAAAUAGAGCAGAUGCACUGGAGGAGCUGAUAUGGAGGAUACUGUCAAAUCAUGAUCUAUCAAAGGCACAGAAUGUACUUGAUGUAGUCCGAGAAAAGUAUGCAGAUAAAGUGGAUAUUAGUGAAAUGGUUUACGUUAAUCUGAUGAAUGCAUAUGGGCAACAAAAGAAGUUUGAUCAAGCCUUGAAGCUAUUUGAGCAAUUUUUAGAAAGCGAUAGACAGCCAAGCGUGAAAGGGUUUAAUGCCAUACUACACGUUUUUGCAUCUCAAGGCGAAGCCAGUCGUGCAUCCUAUGUCUACAGCGCUAUGCUCAAGCUCAAUGUUGAACCUGAUAGUGCUACAUAUACGGAAAUGAUCCGAGCCCAUGCACAUACAACUGAUCACAGCAAGUGCACAUUCUUUUACAACAAGAUGCUUCAGCGUCAUCUAACACCUAAUGUCUAUACAUACAGCGCUCUUAUGCACGCCUCAACAAAGCGACAUGAUAUCCAUGGCGUUCUUCGCUGGUUUCAGAUCAUGCUCUAUAAUGGUGUUGAACCUAAUGAAGUCAGCCUUUCACUUGUACUAAAAUCGUUGUCACAGCAACCCAACCAAAAUAUACCGGACGCGAUGCACUGGAUUACACGAGAGGCUACCAUGGUAGGCAUCAAGCCAGACGCGACGCUAUAUACCAUUUUGUUGAAGAUGCAUGCAAAGCGAUUGGGUUUAGAAAGUGCGCUCAAGAUACACAAAGAAAUGAUUGCCAACUCGAUUGAACCUAAUACGUAUACGUAUACCACAUUAAUUGAUGCAUGCGCAGACAAUGAUAUGCCAGAGACAGCACAACAGAUUUUUGAGCUAAUGAAGAAUAGUGAGCGACAUAAACCCAAUACAGCCACUUAUACAGCACUCAUUACUGCCUGGGCAAGAAGUAGUAAGCUACAGCAGGCAAAUGCAAUCAUCUUGGACUUUUUGAAGGCUUGUAAAUCUGAUAAAUCAGGUCAUUUGUGGAUAGAUGAAAAGAUAAAAGAACGAUUAAGCUGGUGUGCUUUUUGUUUAUAA